AUGUAUAAGGCGGUCUAUGCACACGUGUCGUACAACGGAAGGCCCAAUAUAAAAUCAUUUUUCACAUUUGCCGCAAAAAGAGCAAAAGGGAAAAGGGAAAAUUACAUAGCCGUUUGGGCAGUUUCUCCUUACGGGCGAAAGAUCUGGGCUGAAGAUGGGUCAUCGGAUUCAAGAGGCGCAUUGAGGGGCACAAAAACACAACCAAUCAAAAUUAUUGCGCAACUUUGGGUGCUAUGA